AUCAAAAGAAAGAAGAGAGUUAUAUUACACACACAACAAUAUGGGUCAAGCUCUCGAUACCGCAAAAGGGAAAGGAGAGGUAGACGGGAAAGACUUGGAAGCUAUGGUUGAAAAUUGUUACCGCAAAUGCUUUGAAGAACAAAAUGACGAUCAAGAAUGGUCUUUCGCCGACUUCUACCGCAUUGUCGCCGAAGCUGUCGAAGAAAUCAAUAGAAGACUCGGUGGUACGCAAAUUAAGGUGCCAAGUGUAGAUCAAUUACAAGACGCUUAUAAGAUACACAAUCUCGGGGAGGGGAAGAAGCUAUCAAAGGAUGAGUUUCAGAAGCUUCUUCAGGAGGUUUUGAUCGGAGCUGGGUUCACCGGCGUUGGAGGAAUCAAAGAGUUUCUUCUGUUCAUCUUCGGAGUUCCUGUGCUCGCUGUCUUCCUCAAGAACCGUAUAGCUCCGACGUCCAUUACCAACGACGUUUUCAUCCCAGCCGUCACCUCCGCCACCGUAUUCCUCCUCGCCAAGCUCAACAAGAUAUGACUCUAAUCGCUUGAUCUUUUCGAGCUUUGCUUUGUUUGUUUUUUUUAAAAAAAAAUUUGUACUGGGGAUUGAUUAUGCGUGGUUGUGAAAUACAUGGAAAAGCUUAAAGUUUUAA